AUGGCGGAAGCAACGAAGUAUAAUCACACAAAAGUUCCUAAAUUUGAUGGCUAUUACGAACAUUGGGCAAUGCUAAUGGAAAAUCUCAUACGAUCGAAGGAACUUUGGAGUUUAAUUGAACCAGGCAUCACGGCGGCGCCACCUGAUGCUACAGCUGAUCAAUUGCAAGCAAUUGAAGCACUCAAAUUGAAAGACUUGAAGGUAAAGAACUACCUCUUUCAAUCUAUUGAUCGUUCCAUUAUGGAAACGAUUCUUGUUCGAACCACAUCCAAAGACAUUUGGGAUGCUAUGAAACGCAAGUAUCAAGGUUCUACGAAGGUGAAACGUGCUCAUCUCCAAGCAUUGAAGCGUGAAUUUGAAGUUCUUGAAAUGAAAGAUAAUGAAUCAGUGGAACAGUACUUCUCAAGAACUCUUGCAAUUGCAAAUCGCAUGAGUGCACAAGGUCAAACACUGCAAGAAGUUGAAGUUGUUGAAAAGAUCUUGCGAUCUAUGUCCUCAAAAUUCAAUUAUGUGGUUUGCUCCAUAGAGGAAUCCAAUGAUGUUACAGCUAUGUCCAUUGAUAGCUUGCAGAGUAGUUUGAUUGUGCAAGAACAAAGGAUGAAGAGACAGAUUGAAGUUACAGAUGAGCAAGCUUUGAAGGUCUCAAAUCCUGAGAAAGGUUAUGGUCGAGGGAGAGGAAGAAACAAUGGUGGUAGAGGUCGUGGCAGAGGAAGGCAAAACAAAGAGUUUGUUGAAUAA